AUGCCAUUCCAAAAGUUAACCUCAGGCAUCUCCCUGCAAAAUAGAUUGCUAUUCAUCAUUGGAGUGUCCGUAUCUUUCAUCUUGGCUGAACUUGCUAUUGGGUUUACCACGCAUUCAGUUGCAGUCGUGGCAGAUGCAUUCCACUAUAUCGGUGAUGUCUUCUCAUUUGUGGUGGCCUUACUGGCUAAUAAGACUGCUGGAACACUAGAGCAAACGAAUGGUUUGAGGAAAAGCCUGUCCAGCCUGGAGGCACAGCAAACUUCUUUGGAACAAAAAGGCCAACGUGGUUCUCAUAUACUUCCGAACCUGGCGGCCUUUUUCAACAGCGUUUUCCUUCUCGCUCUUGGGCUAGGUAUCUUCCUUCAAGCAAUUGAAAGGUUUGUGCAUCUCGAGCCAAUAACAAAUCCGCAAAUGGUCAUGGUAAUGGGAUGUGUCGGAGUCUUCUUGAAUGCCAUCAGCGCGCUCGCUCUCGGCGAGCAUGGCCAUUCCCAUUCUCAUGACAACAGUGGUUCAUUGCCAGAACCAAGCCCUCCCCUAUCCGCCUCCCCAAUGGAUGCAGACACCGGUCAUCACAGGCAUCAGCACCUGGAUCACUCCCUUUCCAUCAAAGCCGUUCUCCUUCAUAUAGCUGGCGAUGCUCUCAACAACCUUGCUGUUAUCAUUUCUGCUCUAGUGAUGUGGAAGGCGCCGCCAAAAUCUCCACCAGUCCGUGAACCUCACAAACCGUUGGCCAAGUACUACGCUGACCCUGCUUGUACGAUGCUAAUUGCUAUCCUUAUUAUGUUUGGGUCGGCACCGCUGGUUAUCAAGUCUGGAAGAGCCUUGAUGGAGCAAGCAGAAGUGUCAGACGAGAUGAGAUUGCUAGGUUCAAGGGGCCCAUCUGAAUCGACCGAUUUGCGCGAGACGUGCGCAAGUGCGGGUGGACAGAAAGUCGCGGAAGUGAUGAUCGAUGACGCUAGAUAA